CUCAGCCUGCGGAAUUCAGCAGCCGCCAAUGCGGAAGAUGAGUUGAAUGCUCCGGACCCGCAACUUUUGCGUCUUGACAAGAUGCUCGUAGCCGAAGGCGUAACUGGGCCGACCGACCUCGGUGAUUUUGACGUCUCUGGCAUCCCUACAGAAUGCAAUCAGAUUGAGCACGCCGACUACCGUGCUAAGCUUGCUCAAAUACGUCAACUCUAUCACGCUGAGCUUGAGAAAUACAAAAAUUUUUUUGCCUUUUCUUGUUACUUAAACGUUUUCUUUGUCGCGUUGUUUGCUUUUAUUCACACUCCGGGGCUCAUCAUUGAAUGGGAUCAAAGAGUAUUAACCACCAAGAGUGAAUUCCUCGCCAUCAGGGUGACUAGCCCCUCCUCGGGACAUUGCCAGUCCUUCCUAUAUCGUGGUUCGUCUUAA